UAAAGAGGUGCAUUUCGAGUCGAACGGGAGCAUGAGGAUGAAAUUUAUACCUACUGCUGUUGAAAAUGAAGUUUAUGGAACAGUUAUGGAAAACACCCCGACGCAUGAACCCUUCCAUGGCACCAGCUAAUUGGGAAUAUGACUGAUUUAUGAAUGUGUUGCUUGUGUUUGGAUAAUCGCGAACCAAUUCGAACAAUGUGGAAUGGACUGGUGGGGAUUGAACGGAGUGCUCUGAAACUUGUGUGUUUUGUGUUAAUUUUCAACGUCAGGGUCUGUUAUAUUUGGAGUUUGUGAUUUGUCGUGUGUGCUGUAAUACUUUGCUUAGCUGGUGUUUCUUGUCACCUGAGAUGGGCCUACUGUAUGACCUGAUGCCAGUCUUCGUUUCUGUGCCCCGUCAGCCGCCGCUUCUCGGCCUCAAAUGCACGGAGAAGGUCCGCCAACUCAGAAACCGGAAUGGUAAUUCCGUCUGCAGAUAUUGGGAGUAGUGCACUUUACAGAUCCAAUUAGCGCUGUUGGGGCUUGGCUAAUUAGUGCGUUAAUUGGCCGACGCUCUACCACUGGACCACAAGCGCUAUAACAUGUAAUCAGUGCUCGUUUAACGGUAAACAGUUACAUGCGCAUGCGUGUGACAUCACGGUCCGCCCUCCCAUUAGUCUUUUUUUUGGAAACCACACCCGCCAUUGUUUAUGUCAACAUGACCGACCAAUCGGAUUAACCGGAUUAACGCUUGAAAAGGCGUGGGGCUAUAUAAGUUUGUAUCAACGCGUUCAUCUCUCAGUGUCUUCUCGGUCGUCGGCAUCAUGACCGACACACAACGCCGACUGGCAAUUUGCUUCCUCGUCGUCACAGCCCUCGCUAGCACAACUUAUGGGGGCUUCUGUCAGACGACCAUCUGCACGACCGAGAGAGUACGUGUGUGUAUCUUCAGGACAUGGGUCGCGUGCUGCGCCUAUAAGACUGUAUGGAAGGCUGUUAUAAGGACGGAACGCUACUGCUGUUCGGGCUACGAGGGCAGUCGCUGUGAUCAGCCUGUCUGUAAUCCUGAGUGCGGCAAAGGUGGCACGUGCAUUAACCCGGGCAACUGCGCAUGCCGAGCUGGUUACACUGGUCCGAGUUGUCGAGGAACUGAAGCCUGCUCUCACCGAUCCCCGUGCUUCCCAGGAAUCUGCUCCGGAAAUUGCACUUGCCAGUCAGGAUUCACACAAAAGACCUGCUUGACAUUGAGGGACCAAGCACCUAGGAUCUGGCAAUGCCGCGCUCACCUUGAAAGUCGAAAAGUGUCCGAGAAUCCAGCUCUCAAUGGAAUGGUCAUGUACGAAUUCAUCACCGAUUCCUCCAACCCUGAUAUCGACACAGUGGACGUCAUUUGGUCCAACCAAGUUGGAUUUAAUUAUUUACAGAUAGACGGGGCAGCUCAAUUUGACACAAAGAUAAAGCACCCACAACCUGCCUAUGUGAGAAACUCAUCAUUUGGCGUGACCAGUGCCGUGGCAAGGGUCCUGCACACAAAGAUAGCCACAGACACUGGUGACAGAUACACGUCCAAGGCGGAGAACUACACUUGUGAGCAGAGGGAUGGAAGGGGCGUGGCCACAGUCGAAUAUUGGAACUGCACGUCGAAAGAGCCGAGGUUUGACCGGUCCAUCAAUAAUGCGGAUGAGAUUGAAGUGACCCUGACCUUCACCAGUGGGGGACGCAGGGAGCUGGUCAACCAGGAAACUGGAAUUUUCUUCAAGAACGAGGACUACACUCAGCUGACUUCAUCAAAGACGCUCAUGUUCAAGUUCGACCUGAAUAAACCUGAACACUGCUACAGUCAACCGUCCUGCCGUACAUCACCACUACACAUAGACAGGGAUAUUACACGAACUCCAGUCGCAAUUACUUGGGGUGGCUGGACGGACGAUCUGUCUGGUAUGCACCGCUAUGCAUGGGAGGUGUUCCGACUUGACAUCAUCACCGCGGACAGCAAGCUGGGGGAGAAGACGCCCCUCGAACCCCUCAUCAAUAGGGAGUGGCUGGCAGCUAACGGCACCCCCCGGGUGGAGUAUCCCCCGCCUACACCCGGCAUGUACUCCGUCAUCUUGGAGGCCUCGGACCGAGCCAACAACUCGCGGUACGCCCGGCGACUGUUUCUGUACGACAACGUCUCCAACGUCACCACCAGCGACAACGACCCGCUGUUCAUAUCUAGCGCUGCAGCAGACACUGGUCACACGUGGCAGGCGAACCUCGACGCCGACGUUGUCGUGGAAUGGGGAGGACACUUCGCUAACGACGUUCACGACAAGGGCAAAUUUUUGAACGCAGUGCUGAGGUACCCCACUCAGUUUGCAGACAUCGAAAAAGAAGUCGGCUCUUCCAGUCGGUUCACUCUCAAAGGUGUAACGUUCGAUGACGAUGAAGGGGAGAGAACUCGUGCUGCAAUCCCCAAUGUCCGCGGUAUUGUGAAGUUUGAAGUGUCCUAUGGUCGGGACCAUGCCGGGGGGUCCACAUUAUCCUCCCCAAAAACAUGGAGCCAGGUACAACCAGUUGGGGAAAGAUUUGUGAUUAGAAAUGAAAACCGAAUCAACGGUGACAGUAUCCGUGUUUGGGUGCGGGCGACGGACAUUAUCAAUAAUACGAAGAUAGAUAGCACACUGGUCAGCUUUGAUAACUCCAAUCCAGUUGUCAAGCUGCAAGAAUUGGAAAAAAAUGUGCAGAAUGGGACGUACCAUUACUCAUCUCUCGUGCCCCUGACGGCUAUAGAUGACGACAGCGGACUGUGGGAGGUCACCUGGCGUCUUGUACGGAACAGCACGGGGAAGGUGGCGCGCAAAGGGACGCUGGAUCGGACACAGUACACACUGAAUAAAGCCGAGUACGACGCAGAUCCCGCGUUAGGCCGCUGCACGUCAUCCAACGACUGCUUCCGCAGCACCGUCAGCAUCCCCAUCAACCAUUGCUGGCUGAGGGUGGAGAAGGAGAGUAUCGCUACAGAGGUCAUAACCCUGACGGUCAAGGUCACCAACCCCGCCAUGCUCAGCACGACAAGCUCUCUCCAGAUAACGAACAUCAACAGUUUCAGUGGAAUAGGUGAAUACGCUCCCCCACAUGAUGUGCGAGUUAUCCGGGGCGGAUACAACACGGUCCGCAUCUCCUGGACCAACUCCCCCAGCUGCUACAACGUCAGCGAACUGUGGAUCAACUACACGGGGGCGGCCGUCAAGGAGAAGAUCCAUCGUCUCAACACCUUCUACGACCUGACCGGUCUCCAGCCCGAGACUAACUACACGGCCCAUCUUAUAAAUGGAUACGGCGGGGAGAUGAGUGACUCGGUGGCGUUCCAAUUUAGGACAGGACCGGCCCCCGAGUUCUCAGGCCUCACUGCUGGGGGCAAGGCGGGCGUGGCGAUCAGUGUUAUCCUGCUGGUGGCGAUCGCGGUCGCCGUGUUCCUUCUGUGGCAUCUCGGCAUCCUGGCCAUCAUUGUGGGCAAGAAGGAAGCCAAGCCUCGCGGCAAAGCUGCUGUCGCCUUCGCCCGGAUGUCCAGAAAGGUACGAGGCAAGGCCGUUGAUGACGACAUCUAUGUGUACGGUGGCAACGACUACGACAUCCCGAUAGGAACGCAGCUGUCUUCAGAGAGACUGACACUCGACACGCUGAUCACCGAGGGCAAGUUCGCCAAGAUAUACAAGGCCACCCUGUCACGUGCAGGCAAUGACGCGGAGACUGUCGUGGCUAAGAUGCUGAAAGAGAACUAUGAUGACGAAGACAUCCAGCUGAUGAAAGGCAAGAUCCUCUAUUACCUGAAUGAGGUGGGCGAGCACCGCAACAUCCUGAGAAUGGUUGGCGCUGUCGUAGACAACGAAGUUUGGGGUCCGGUGAUGGUGCUGGAGUACUGUGAGAUGGGACCCAUGCGGACCUGGCUGGUCCAGCAGAAGGGGUCAGUGAGUGAUGACGUUCUGGAGCGGAUGUUUCAGUUGGCGCAUGGAGUCGUUCAAGGAAUGGCGUACUUGGCUCAAGUUGGGAUCGUACACCGGCGGUUGGCGGCGAGGAACAUCCUGCUCACCUUUCUGCUGGACGUGAGAAUCUCCGGGUUUGGCCCCACCAUCAUGACGGACGGGGCAGAGGACGAGGCGGCGGACACCAGCAGGAGGGAGCGCAUCCCACUCCGAUGGAUGGCCCCUGAGUGUUUCAAGUCCACCAAAGACGCUUCAGAGAAGAGUGACGUGUGGUCCUUUGGUGUGGUGCUGUGGGAGAUCUUCUCCCUGGGUGACAACCCUUAUCCUGGUUUGAAGACGAGCGAGUUGCCGCUAAAGGUCAAGGCCGGUCACAGAAUGAAACGACCAGAGUUCGCUGACGACACGAACUACGGUAUGAUGCAGCAGUGCUGGGAGCAGGAUCCGAGGCAGAGACCGAGGUUCAAGGAACUCGAGAAAUCCUACAACAAACUCAUGAAAGGUGGCGACAACGACAAUAGCUACUCCUUGUACUCCAACUACAAGCGUUAGGGCAGGGACCUACACACAGAACAUGCUUCAUGUUCAUUGUUAGUUUAUCUCUGAUGUCCUCUCGAUCCUUGAUGGUAUCACUUUGAUCCCUAAUAUCCUCCCUUUGAUCCUUGAUGCCCUCUCCUUGAUCCCUAAUAUCCUCCCUAUGAUCCUUGAUGCCCUCUCCUUUAUCCCUAAUAUGCUCCCUUUGAUCUCCUUUAUCCCUAAUAUAUUCUCCCUUUGACCUACUUGAUCCCUAAUAUGCUCCCUUUGAUCUCCUUGAUCCCCAAUAUCCCCCCUUUGAUCCCUUAUGCCCUCUCCUUGAUCCCUAAUAUCCUCCCUUUGAUCCCUUAUGCCCUCUCCUUGAUCCCUAAUACCCCCCUUUGAUCCCUGAUGCCCUCUCCUUGAUCCCUAAUAUCCUCCCUUCGAUCCCUGAUGCCCUCUCCUUGAUCCCUAAUAUCCCCCCUAUGAUCCCUGAUGCCCUCUCCUUGGUCCCUAAUAUCCCCCCUUUGAUCCCUGAUGCCUUCUCCCUGAAACAUUGGAAUGCCUGAUAAGUGAGCAGUUACAUAAUAUGUAAUACUGAGCGUUUUUUAAAUUAUGUGAGGCUUGUUAAUGUUUUUGUCUAUUUUUGUUUGUUGUUCAACGCCGCACUCAGCAAUAUUCCAGCUUAGGACAGCGGUCUGUAAAUAAUCGAGUCAGGACCUCCCGACCCCGUCAGUCGCCUCUCACGACAGCAUAGUCGCCUGUUACGGCAGGCAUGGGUUGCUGAAGACCUAUACUAACCCGAAUCUUCACGGGUUGUAAAUUGGUAAAUGUAUAUUGAUUCGUCCGUAACAACAAAAGCAAUGUCAACGUGUUGCCUCAUUGCUUUUUGAGCAUAUCCCUUCGAUUUUAGAUCAAUCUAUCGAUUCUAGAUCAUCACAUCGAUUCUACAUCAAUCUUUCGACGUCGUUUGUGUAUCUGUGAUGGGAUGUGGUCCUGUGCACGACGCAACGGUCACAAUAGGGAGAAGUUCCACGUCGGUGGCGGGGAGAAGGGGGGAUGGGUGACCAUGGUGACCUACAUUGAAGCACGUGUGACACGUGUGGUGUCGCCUAAGGCAAGUGACUUUGUUCGCAGUAGGCCUCUGUUCACCCAGCAAUAAAGGGGUACCCGGUAGGACAAGAUGGUAAUGUGGAUGUUAACCUUCGAGCGCCUCAUAGGCAGUUUGGGUUGUAUACUCCCCAGGGAGCUGCAGCUGGGAAUGACAUUCGAGUGCACGUUGAUCCAGUGACUGGGGAAGUAAUAUUGUGUGGCGCCGCUGAGUAGCUAUCUGAGUUGGAAGUCGGGCGCUUUAUUAAGGCAUGAUAUUAAUAUUAGGAUAUUCCAUUCACAUGCACAUAAAUGCGCAUAAUACACACCUAUACAUGUCUAUGUCUAUUCAGAUGACAUCAACUCAGUUAUUUUACCCGCAACCCUUCUUAUUCAUUAUUCUUUUCGCUUCCCCGCCAAUGUACAUUUACUUUCAUAAUUUCGCUUUGAGUUAACCGAUAUAUUAUGUCUUCUGUUAUAAAGUUCAUUUAUGUGUUGAAUGUGUGCUGCUGAAUAUGCAGGCAAACGUUAUCAUCUGUAAGUAAAUGAAACAUAUUUUGUUUUCAAGUCAUGUCAUUGUUCGUCACCUACAGUGCUUGUCCUCAAGCAUGUGCAGUACAAAUGUUGCAGGUUAAAAAACUGAUAACUUAUUUGGACUUUCAUUGUAUCACUGCUGUAUGUGUGAUGCUUUGUUUUUUAUGCCAUUCCACUUGGCACCACCUGAUUACUGGAGAGUCUAUAUCAUUGCUGGUAAGAAUAACGCAAGUUGCUGCUUCUAGUUGCCGUGUCGUCUUAAGGUUAUCGCUGCUUGUGCAAUACUAACUGUGCUUGUGUUUGCUUGAAUAAAAUUUGUGUACAAAUAA